GGAGGGGGUGUGGGCUGCCUCUCAGGGCUCGAGGUGUGGUGACAGACGAACCAAAAAAACACAGGCAGAGCGGAGAAGAGAAAAGAGGCAGCAGAGGCAGAGGUGAGGCACUGGAGUUUUCAAAGAGUGAAGAAAAAGCAGUGUUCUUGCAUCAGGUGCUGACUGUGACUACCAGUAAUCGAACCAUUUUGUGGAUCCAGCCGAGACAGGUGGACACUGCAAGGCAGAGAGAAAGAAACAGAGAUGGCUGAGGGCCCGAAGAUUGAACUCUUCGUCAAGGCUAGCGGUGAUGCUGAGAGUGUGGGCAACUGCCCUUUCUGUCAGAGAAUCUUCAUGAUUCUUUGGUUAAAGGGGGCCAACUUCACCGUCAACACUGUAGACAUGAAGAGGGCACCUGAUGUGUUGAAGGAUUUGGCUCCGGGCUCUCAGCCUCCCUUCCUCCUCUACAACAAGGAAGUCAGAACAGACACGAACAAGAUUGAGGAGUUCCUGGAGGAGGCCCUCGCCCCACCGGACUAUCCCAAAUUGUGCUGUCGAUACAAAGAGUCCAACGGUGCUGGGGAAGACAUCUUUCGACGGUUCUCAGCAUACAUAAAGAAUCCCAAUCCUGGACUGAAUGACAUGCUGGAGAAGAAUUUUCUUCAUACACUGGUGAAGCUGGACAGAUACCUAUUGACGCCUCUUCCUCACGAGCUGGACCAGAACCCGAAUAUCACGGAGUCCACGCGCCGCUACCUGGAUGGCGACACCCUCACCUUGGCAGACUGCAACUUGCUUCCCAAACUCAACAUUGUCAAGGUGGUGUGUAAGAAGUAUCGUGACUUUGCCAUCCCUCCACAGCUGAAAGGCCUGACUCGUUACCUGGAUAAUGCCUACAAACAAGAUGAGUUUCGUUACACCUGCCCACAAGACCUAGAGGUCCUGUAUGCCUACGAGUGUGUGGCGAAGUACCUGAACAAGCAGAGUAGGAGAUGAAGCAGCAAAAUGCUUGAAAACCAUAGCCUACGUGACUGUCUUUGGUCAAAACAAUAUAUGUCUGUCUGGAUAAUGAACUUUUUUGCAAUGUCAUGUUAAAAAAGGAAAGUAUGGUUGUUUACAUGAAUUGGAUUCGUAUAUUCCAAAAAUUGCCAACUGUCACUUCAAAGCUGCUUAAAAGUUGUAUUUGUUGACACUGUAUAUAAUGUAUUGUAUGCUGUGGUUGUACUGCUUGGUUUUCGUACUCAGCCGCUGCAAUAGUGAGAAAAAGCACUGUAAAUCUCAGAUAAUAUCUAUAUUGUGUCACGUAGGGCCCGCACGUAUUGUGUCUGAGCAUUUAGUUGAUUGCAAUUUAUUAAUCACAUUCUGACAAAAAAUCAGAUGCAUCUUUAAAUCAAAUAUCAUUUUUAUGUGUUCAGAAAGUUAUUGUUGUGAAUAUAUGUAUUAAAAAAAAAACAAAUGGAGUUUGCUGUGGAUAAGUCAGACUUUAAAAUGGUGAAGGUACCUUUAUUUUAGGGACUUGUUUCUCUUAAAAUUGGUCGACACCACUUUAAAUCACUUUUCCCAGUCUGUCCUCGUAACUGUACAGGUAUGUAUCCAAGGAGAGACUCAGACAGUCAUGUUUAACUUUGACAUACAUUUAAUUUAACAGGAGGAAGAUGGAAAAUAUUUUGAUAUUAAAUGCUAUGUGAAAACAUUUUGCUGGUGUUGAUUGUAUGAAUUUUGGGUGAGCUUGUACUGGUCUGUAUGAUUAAAGGGAAAAUAAGAACAUGUAGAGUUGUAGUUGUAGCUGUAGUUUUACUUCACAACCAUUCAGUUCGUCCUAUUAAAAGGUUUGACAUCAGUAAGCAUCAUCAGUGAUUAAAAUUUAUUUUCAUUGAUUAUAAGACAGUUUUCGUCAUG